UUUGCUUAUAUGAACCCUGAAGAUGGUAUGCCAGAUGAAGGUCUUCACGAACAUGGAGAUCACGGCAGGGAAAAUAGAGGUGGUAGACCUAGGUAUAGAGGCCCAAGAGGAGGACGACCUGGUAAAGAAAAUGGCGGCUAUUAUCUUAGGUGUCUUAUUCCUUGUAAAAUGGUUGGAGCUGUUAUUGGCACUAGUGGAAAUAAAAUCAAGAAAAUCACAGAGGCCACAAAUACUUCUAUUGACAUCCAUCGUAAAGAGGACAGAAGAGAGAUAGACAAGCUMGUGACAAUUCGUGGUAAUCCAGAUGAUUGCAGCAUGGCUAACAUGCAGAUUCACAAACUGAUGCGUGAAGAAACCGAUGAAUCACUUAGAAGGAAUGAGAUUGAAAUGAGGCUAGUGAUCCAUGACUGUCACGCUGGAAGGAUUAUUGGGAGAAAAGGUUGUAAUCUUAAAGGUAUCAUGGAAGAAACUGGCACAACGUCAAUAAAAGUUAGGUAAGUAGUUGGAGUGGUUAGAUACUGGUCUAUCACUAUAGUUAGCCCUGUUCCAUUCUAGGUCUUGGUAUCAUGUGUAAUUUGAGUAUGUACAAUUACNGGCUCUGAUGGCUCACCACCAGUAACUGAAGAUCAAGCUUUAGAAAACUGUAGAAUUGCUGAAAACCGUGUCAGCUCUAAAGUCCAUGAAUGUCUGAAAAAAGAUAUGGAGGACCUAAUGAAAUCUAAGCAGAUGCAACAUCCGUACUAUCCUCAGUCAAUGCCAUGGAACCAGCCUCCAUAUGGAAGCCAUAUGCCCCCUGUUGUCGGAGAAAUGCACGGUGGAAAUAUGAUGUCUCAUUACAAUCCAUACCAGCAAGCAAGUCCAUACCAUCAUGCACAGCAACCCAUGCAGGGUCACGAUAAUGAACCUAUCAAAACUCGUUUAGCUUUUCCUCAAAAAUACGCUGGCGCCGUCAUCGGCAGCAAAGGAUCGUUCUGCAAUUACAUGAAAACGCUCAGCCACGCCUCAAAGGUCCAUGUCUCUCCUGACGACAAGUCUGGUGAACGAUUCGUAGAAAUUAUUGGUUCUCCUUUAGCGCAAUAUUUUGCUCAGCACUGUGUGUAUUGCAAGCUUGCUGAACAAGGUUAUAGUAAUUCUGAUGGCGAACUAAAACUUCGUGUAGAGGUGUCUAUACCAGCCAAGGGCGCAACCCGUGGUAACAAAGAUACAAAUAUUAUUGGUCGAAUUAUAGGAAAAGGAGGUCAAAAUGUAAAAGGACUCGAACAUGAAACUAGAACAUAUGUCAAAGUAGCAACAAUAGAAGAUCAAGACGGCGAACCUAAAGAAGCAAUCGUACAGAUCGUAGGCAGUUUUGCAAGUAGCCAGCAUGCUCAAUUUAGAAUCAAUGAAAUGGUGAAACUUUGUCAACAAGAAGGCAAUGGCGGUGGAGGGAUGCCACCACCAGGUAGUCAUCAGGGGCCAGGKAAAAGGCCACCACCACCACCACCUCCUCAAUUGAGCUGAAACCACCACGGACAUCUGCAUCGAUAUAUCUUGUCAUUUUGGUCCCAAGCGAAUCACGGCUCAGUUUGACGUGCUAAAUCCUGGAAUCCUUUGGUCUUUUGGUAUUUGUGGAGUUUUAUUUCAUAUUCUCUUUUAAAAUCAUUAUAAACGACAGUGUAUCCUUGGGUGAUGUUUUUCGUGUCUUUAACGCUGUUAUCAUGAUGCGAAUUCAUGGACAGCGAUCACAGACUGCGUCAAACUAUUUUAUAUUAUUAAUCCUAAUGAUCACAAGGAUUGUUUACCAAUGCCCUGGGUUAAUUGGAAUAUAAUUAGAGGCAUUUGGUGAACAAUUAUUAUUGUGAUCUCAUCUUUAUCCGGUGCAUUUUUAACGCUUUGCUCAAAUGUUUCACUUUUUAUGUGUCGACAGUUUUAAGGAAUGGUUUCCCAGUAGUUGCGGAUUCCGCGAUUUAAAGGGAGACGUGUCCUUUUUAUUUAUUUUUUUCCUUUUUAUCCUGUCCACUUUUCCAUCUUAUCUUUUUAUGUUUUUUGCUUCCAUAAAGUCGUAUUUUUUCUGCAAUUUUCUAGUCGUAGGCUAUAAUUCCUAUAACAAAGAAUUAACUGCAGAUUACGUUYCCUAAAUGGACUCUGUAACGUUAUAAGCAACAUACUUCAAAGAUUGMAGGAUAACGUAAUGGUCGUCCUUAAUAAAACUUGACUCAUAAAAAGUGCGACGUUUGAUUCGCURGUUUUUCGCACAACGGUUUUGUAUAUUGAUCUGCUUGUAUUGAAUCCUCGUUGCGCCGUGGUUGGAUAUGAUAAGCUUUAAUCCCCUUCAGCCUUGUGUACAUACGUAAGGGYGGCWYUGUUCGCCUUUCAAUUAUCCAUACGUCACUUCCGGGGAUGACUUAGUGCURCGUUCCUUGGAACGGGAUGCUACGUCACGAAUAAAUUAUUCUGUCAAAUAAAUAUUUUUAUCAAUAAAAUAUAGAGGCAUUUAUUCGAUUGAAGUUAGAAAGAAGGCAUGGUCCACUGGUAUUAGAUUAGAAAUUAAUACAGCAGCUUCAAUAGUGUUUACUAUGUAGAAUUAUAACCGACCGACCGUCCUGCCCGAUUCUCACAGUGUCUUCUCCUAGAUAAUCWAKWGRUGAGGUGCCCGCUUAAUAGGGGUUGUCCGUUUUACAGAGGUUUCAGUAGUUAAGUAACAAUCUGAAAUAAUGGUCGGUUACAUGAGGUAAAUUUCUUAUAUAGUAGAAGUGACUCCAUCGUUUUUGUUUAUCUAGGAUAGCAUUACUGUAUAUGGGACACCGCUCACGUAAUUCGCGACGAAAUGUCGGGCAGGGCGGCUGGAAGGUCGUUAAAAGAUCAUACUAUUGACUUUGAUUACAARGUCGCUCAGUCCUUUACCAUCGGUUACGCUCGCUUUACGAUGACAUAAACAACUGUUGCUUCAGCUAUGUUUAGCCCUUUGUAAACGGCCAUGUACGAAAAAAAAACGAAUUAUUGUCGUUCGCGCACAUGAAUGGUAUGUAAACCGUACAUGCAAUUUGAUGGCCGACCAUAGUGUGCUUUCUGCGCAUGUUCAUUAAUGCAUGGAAACCUAUAGCGAAGCUUUUCGUCGUCGUUGACAAGGGCGUGGUCGUUGGACAGGGCGUCGGGUAAUACUAACUGAUUACCACUAAAUUAUUCAGUGUUUUUGAUAAGUUUAAUUAAGCACUAUAUAUCACUUAAUUAAUUCCAAUGUAUAAAUUGUGCAGCUUUGACUACUCAAGGUUCAAUGUCGACCCUGUUAGUAUCAAACUGUUUCGAGUAUUUAUCUUGCAUUGAGGAUCGCUUCAACUUGAGCUGUUUUACUAGAACUCGGCAUAUGUUAUUUAAUAAUUAGUAAUAUAUAGACAAAUUGGCCAAUUCAAUGAAGAUCUAUAUAAUUUUUUGAAGUAUUAUUAGUUCUAGUGAACACRCGAGUUGAAUUGUUCUCAUAAAUCUUAUACUAUUACAUUUUACUUUGCUUAUAUCCCACUCAUUUAUUGAUGAUUUUGUUGUGUUUCGGGGCUUUUACGCUGUCCUCACYAAUACCAKCGAAACCUUAUUUGUUUGCAUUCCGACAAAAAGCGUGAAUCAACUGUAGUACUAUACUUUAGAAACUUUUAGGACUUUCUUGCCUCCAACGUUGUACAUGAACCAUUUAUAUAGUUCAUUGAAUUGUACAGUACUACACAGAUCGGACGUCAUAGCCCUUAUUUUUCUGACAAUUAAAUUAAUACAUACAUGAAUGCUCAAA